AUGUCGUUGAACAUCGAGGACAAACAAGCUCGUCAUCCGAGCUUGCUAGAACGUAGCGAGGAGCUCCUGAGAUCUCAGAGAGCGUUCUCCGACCUUUCCUCAAGACAUCAGGAACAGCUUUCCAGCGCCCCCAAGAUGUUCGAGGAGAGAACAAGAGACGGUCGAAGUGGGACGCUGACCCGUCAGGUCCUGGGGAGAAAUCCUCGAGUAGAGGAGAAAGAGGAGGAGGAGGAAUCCGCUCUCCUGCUCGACAUCCGCAAGGACCCGACUAGAACAUCCUUCAAGCGCGACGCCUUCCUUUCGACCCUCAUAACGGGCGAGCACGCGGAUGUCGAGAAGGAGCUCAGGUACCGCAAGAGCCUGCGGGACAAGGACGCUCGUAGCCAGCAGGGCAAGGGGCUGCAGCAGGAGCUGGGGGGCUAUAAGGAGGCGGAGAAGCUCCUCAAGUCUCGUCCUCCUCUCAAAGACCCCUUCGACCUCGUCCAGGGCCUCUGUAGAUACACUCCUCGCCCAACUGACCCCGAGCUGAGGAAGUCGCGCUCUGCCAAUCGUUACGCCUACUCCGGUGAACCUCCUCCCUUGUCCCCGUACCAUCCCACCGCAGCCACAGCGAGCAUCAAGACGUCGGGAGGUGCGGGGGAACGAAGAGGGGAAGACGGCAAGACGACAGGGAAGGAGCGGAUGGGGUUGCAAGAGAGGACGAAGGACACGGAGAAGCUUGCACGAGAAGACUUGGAAUCGUUUCUGAUGGGAAGGAGCGAGGAGAUAGAUUGGAAGCUGAACAAUCGCAAUCAUACCCAGAAAAACCAAAUUGACAACCAAAAUGACAAGCACGAAAUUCACAACCAUCGCGAGAGCAAGCAAGCCGAAAGUGCAAAAAUAGCAAGUGUGGCCCAUCCACGUGAGGCUCCGAGCAAAUCUACAACUGAGUGGAAGCACGAGAAAGCAUCAAUAGCAUUUACAGCACCAACACCAACUCCUUCUCAUGAUCACAUCAACAAGGCUCCUCCUCCCGCUCCUCCUGCUGACAAACCCUCCAACAUCCACUCGACGGCGUCAAACGACACCAGCGCCUCAAGCAGAGGAAGGCUGGGGAUCGGAGGAUUUCUGCGGGGGAUGUUCGGAUGUGCUGACCGGCGGGAAGGAAAUCCGAAGAGGAUGCAGAGUGCGCAGGAGGAGCCGCCGGGUCGAGGGAAGGCGGAGAUUCAGGGGAUCAGAGCAGGUCAGGAAGUCAUCUACAAGAGCUCCUCUCCGAAGACGGACAACGACGUUGAGAUCUCCCUCCCCCUCCGUCUCGCGCUCUCUCGCCGCAAGCUUGACUCCCUUCACGAGCUGCUCGCGGCAGUCGGCGAGGAGGCGCAGCUGCGAGGGGUGAUCCUCAGCGGGGAGCCGGACAACGUGCAGUACGGUCAGGACCUCUUGGAAGCCGUGCUGAAUGAGGCCUGA